CCGGAGGACACCCAAAUGCAGGAUGGCUGGAACGCAGUUUACAAUCUACCUCACGGAAAUGAAUGGGUUCGGAAACCUAACGCAAGCAAUUUAAAGCUGCCCUUCACACAUGCGCACAGUCAGCAGACAGUGGCUCCGAACGGCAGGAGCGAAACGGCCUUCGGCAGCUGCAGGCGCCGCGGGGAGGAUGCUGAGUUUCCCGGGCGCGGCGGCGGUGUCAGCGGCGGCGGCGGGGCUUGCGGGGCCCGAGGCAGGCUCUCCUCAGCCAUGGCCAGGCUGGCAGAUUAUUUCAUUGUGGUGGGCUACGACCACGAGAAGACAGGAUCAGGAGAUGGUCUGGGGAAAAUAAUCCAGAGAUUUCCCUUAAAGGAUUUGGAUGACACUCCUUUCCCACAGGGAAUAGAGUUGUUUUGUCAGCCUGGAGGAUGGCAUCUGUCCAGAGAGAGGAAGCAGCCUACGUUCUUUGUGGUGGUGCUCACAGAUAUAAACUCUGAGCGGCAUUAUUGCUCUUGCCUGACUUUCUAUGAAGCAGAGAUCAAUCUUCAGGGAUCAAGAGAAACAGAAGGAGAGGAGGAGACAGGUUUGAUCCAGCCUGCAGAAGUAUUUGCUCCCAAAAGCCUGGUGUUGGUGUCCAGAUUAGAUUAUCCAGAAAUUUUCAGGGCUUGCCUUGGCUUGGUCUACACUGUGUAUGUGGACAACCUGCAUGUUUCACUGGAGAGUAUCAUUGCAAAUCUCUGUUCGUGCUUUGUCCCUGCUGCUGGAGGGUCACAGAAGCUGUUUUCCUUGGGAGCAGGAGACAGGCAACUGAUACAAACUCCUUUACAUGAUAGUCUUCCUGUCACAGGGACCAGUGUGGCUCUUCUGUUUCAACAAUUAGGAAUUCAAAAUGUGCUGAGUCUGUUCUGCGCAGUUCUUACAGAAAAUAAGGUCCUCUUUCAUUCUGCAAGUUUCCAAAGACUGAGCGAUGCCAGUAGAGCACUUGAAUCUUUAAUGUUUCCUCUCAAAUAUAGUUACCCAUACAUUCCAAUUCUCCCUGCACAGCUGCUUGAAGUUCUCAGCUCACCCACACCUUUUAUUAUUGGUGUGCAUUCUGUCUUCCGUAAUGAGAUUCAUGAACUUUUAGAUGUAAUUAUAGCAGAUCUGGAUGGUGGUACAAUUAAAAUUCCCGAAUGUAUUCAUCUCUCCCAGCUCCCCGAACCACUACUCCACCAGACUCAAACUGCCCUCUCUCUAGUUUUACAUCCAGAUUUGGAAACAGCAGAUUAUGCAUUUCCUCCUCCUCGAACAGCUCUGUCACAUUCCAAAAUGUUGGAUAAAGAAGUGCGAGGUGUCUUUCUUAGGUUAUUUGCACAGCUUUUCCAAGGAUAUAGAUCUUGUCUUCAGCUAAUCAGGAUUCAUUCAGAACCUGUCAUAAACUUUCACAAGGCAGCCUUCUUGGGCCAGAGAGGCUUGAUUGAGAAUGAUUUUCUUACCAAAAUCCUGAAUGGAAUGGCAUUUGCUGGUUUUGUGUCAGAGAGAGGUCCUCCUUACAGAUCCUGUGAUCUCUUUGAUGAGUUGGUAGCAUUUGAAGUAGAGAGAAUUAAAUCUGAGGAAAGCAAUUCAUCAAAAAUGUUAAAGCAUGUCAGAGAACUUGCAGACCAACUGUUAAAAAAUGAGAAUCCAAAUCCUCACCUGGCAUUCCAGAAAGUUCCACGACCUACGGAAGGAUCUCACCUGCGAGUUCAUGUACUUCCUUUCCCCAAGAUUAAUGAGAAUCAUGUUCAGGAUCUAAUCCAGGAAAGUUUGGUUAAGAACCAAAGUGCACCACCUGCUUCUCGUGUGGAAAGGAAAUGCGUUGUUCCUGCUGGCCCACCUGUUGUUUCCAUAGUAGAAAAGUCAAGUACGGUUUUCAACAGUGCACAAAGGCUGGAAGUUGUUAGAAACUGCAUCUCUUUUAUAUUUGAAAAUAAAAUUUUGGAGACUGAAAAGACUCUGCCUGCUGCACUGAGAGCCCUAAAAGGAAAAGCAGCACGGCAAUGUUUGACACAGGAACUAAGCCUACAUGUUCAGCAAAAUCGAGCUAUACUGGAUCAUCAGCAGUUCGAUUACAUUGUACGGAUGAUGAACUGUACUUUGCAGGAUUGUUCAACGUCAGAAGAGUACAACAUUGCUGGAGCACUGCUGCCACUAACAACUGCUUUUUAUAGGAAACUAGCUCCUGGAGUCAGUCAGUUUGUUUACACCUGUGUUCAAGAUCAUCCAAUAUGGGCUAACCAGCAGUUCUGGGAAACAAACUUUUACAGUGAUGUGGAAAAUCAAAUUCGUUCACUCUACCUUUCAGCUAAGGAAGACAAUCAUCCACAACACUUAAAGCAGAAAGAGAAGAAUUCUGAUGCCCAGGCCCAAGAAAAGACUGCCAUGGACUUAGCUGCUGAGCAGAUGCGUCUGUGGCCAACACUUAGUAAAGAGACUCAACAGCAACUAGUACAAAGUGAAGAAAGUAUGGUUUUCAGUCAGGCAAUUCAUUUUGCUAACCUCAUGGUAUACCUGCUGGUGCCACUGGACACCAGUAAAAACAAACUCCUAAGAACUUCAGCAACGGGCGACUGGGAGAGUGGAAGCAAUAGCAUUGUCACAAAUAGCAUUGCAGGCAGUGUUGCUGAGAGUUAUGAUACUGAAAGUGGGUUUGAGGAUUCUGAGAACAAUGACAUUGCCAAUGCUGUCGUGCGCUUCAUUACUAGGUUCAUAGACAAGGUUUGCACAGAAAGUGGAGUUACACAGGAUCACAUCAGGAGUCUUCAUUGUAUGAUACCAGGAAUUGUAGCAAUGCACAUUGAGACUCUGGAGGCUGUUCAUCGAGAAAGUAGAAGGUUGCCACCAAUUCAGAAGCCCAAGAUUCUACGACCAGCUUUGCUACCAGGGGAAGAGUUUGUGUGUGAAGGUCUCCGUGUGCUUCUGGAUCCUGAUGGCCGAGAGGAGGCAACUGGAGGAUUGCUUGGAGGCCCUCACAUUCUCCCUGCAGAAGGAGCUUUGUUCCUUACUACGUACAGAGUUAUAUUUAAAGGCACACCUCAUGAUCAACUAGUGGGAGAACAAACUGUUAUUCGGAGCGUUCCCAUUGCCUCAAUAACUAAGGAGAAGAAAAUUACCAUCCAGAACCAGCUUCAACAAAGCAUGCAGGAAGGGCUACAAAUUACCUCUGCUGUGUUUCAGCUGAUUAAGGUAGCUUUUGAUGAAGAAGUGGGCCCUGAAGUUGUAGAGAUAUUUAAGAAACAGCUAAUGAAGUUUCGCUACCCCCAGUCCAUCUUUAGCACUUUUGCUUUUGCAGCUGGUCAAACUGCACCUCAGAUAAUCUUACCAAAGCAAAAAGAAAAGAACACUUCCUUUCGCACUCUUUCAAAAACAAUUGUAAAAGGAGCAAAACGUGCAGGGAAGAUGACAAUUGGCCGACAGUACCUACUAAAGAAGAAAACGGGGACAAUUGUGGAAGAAAGAGUGAAUCGUCCUGGGUGGAAUGAGGAGGAUGAUCUAUCAGUUUCAGAUGACAGUGAAAUGCACGCUAGUGCUACUCUGAAAGCAUCAGAGAAAUCAACUAUGGAACAGCUAGUGGAAAGAGCUUGUUUUAGAGAUUAUCAACGCUUGGGAUUGGGAACUAUCAGUAAUAGCUCUUCUCGCUCAAAAACAGAGUACUUUCGAAUAACGGCCUUGAACAGGAUGUAUUCUCUUUGCAGAAGCUAUCCAGGGCUACUAGUGGUACCUCAGUGUGUGCAGGACAGCAGCCUGCAGAGAGUAGCUCGCUGUUACAGACACAAUCGCUUGCCAGUGGUCUGUUGGAAAAACUCAAAAACCAGCACACUUCUGCUUCGAGCCGGUGGCUUUCAUGGCAAAGGAGUUGUUGGCCUUUUCAAAUCUCAAAAUACACAAACAUCAGCUCCUACAUCACUAGAAUCAUCAAACAGCAUAGAACAAGAAAAAUACCUUCAAGCCUUACUGAAUGCAAUUUCUGUCCAUUGUAAAAUGAAUGGCAAUACUCUCACUGUCAGGCCAACAAUUGCUUUGUCUCCAGGCACUGAAAGGAGGGCUUCAAGAAUGUCCACUGUGUUUAAGCAGGUAGUGCCAGGACAGUUGGAUGUAAAUCUAUCCAAUAGCUUUGCCCGAGGAGUGCUUGGGUACAGAGAUAAAUGUUUCACACAUUCAAAUUCCAAAUCAGGAAGAGUCCAUCAAGGUGUGUGGGCAAGUCUUCGUUCUAGCAGUCGGUUUAUCAGCACUCAAAUGCCAUUCCUCGAUGUGGGUGCAAGAUUAGCAGGAAAAGAUGGUUCACCUUCAUAUACCAGCAGUAGUGCAUAUUUUCAAAACCGGCUUCUGAAACGCCAGGCUUCCCUCUACAUAUUUGGAGAAAAAUCUCAACUAAGGAGCUUCAAACUUGAUUUUGCUUUAAAUUGUGAAUUUGUUCCUGUCGAGUUCAGUGACAUCCGGCAAGUGAAAGCUAGUUUUAAAAAGCUCAUGAGUGCUUGUGUCCCUAGCAAUAUUCCUGCAGAUUCUGAAAUAACAUUCCUUAAAGCACUUGGAGAAUCAGAGUGGUUCCCACAGCUUCACAGAAUAAUGCAGUUGGGUGUGGUUAUAUCGGAGUUGCUUGAGAAUGGUUCUUCAGUUUUGGUUUGCCUAGAAGAUGGCUGGGAUAUCACAGCACAGGUGGUGUCUCUCGUGCAAUUACUUAGCGAUCCAUUCUAUCGAACACUUGAAGGUUUCAGAAUGCUAGUGGAAAAAGAAUGGCUGUCCUUUGGUCAUAAGUUCAGCCAGCGCAGUAAUUUGACUCUCAAUUGCCAGGGGAGUGGAUUUGCUCCUGUUUUUUUGCAGUUCUUGGAUUGUGUUCACCAGAUUCACAACCAGUAUCCAACAGAGUUUGAAUUCAAUCAGUAUUACCUGAAGUUUGUAGCAUUUCACUAUGUUUCCAAUCGAUUUAAAACAUUCUUGCUGGACUCAGACUAUGAAAGACUGGAACAUGGAACACUGUUUGAAGAUAAAGGAGAGAAACAUGGCAAGAAAGGAGUUUGCAUGUGGGAAUGCAUAGACAAAAUUCACAAAAGAAGUCCUGUUUUCUUCAAUUACCUCUAUGCACCAGCUGAAACAGAGGCAUUAAAACCUAAUGUAAACAUAUCCAGUCUUAAAAAGUGGGAUUACUACACAGAGGAGACUUUGGCUACUGGUCCUUCUUAUGACUGGGCCAUGGUAACUGCAAAAUGUAGUACCUUGGAUGAACCUGACCAAAUGGACAUGUCACCUUCUCACAGUAAGAGGAAAAUUGUCUGGCCAUGCUAUGACAACAUUAGCAAAGUGCAGCCAGAUGCCAUCACCAGCCUAUUAAAUGAAAUCGAAAGAUUGGAGAACAAGUUAAAUCAAAGCCCAGAAAGGUGGCAGCCAUUGUGGGAAAAAGUCAAAGUAAAUGUUAAAGAAGAUACAAGGCAGGACAAUCAUCGGAGACAUCCUUCUGGCUCGUCAGCAAUCAUGUCUGCCAAUCUGCAUUCUUAUCAAAAGAGGUCUUUGUUACAUCUACCAGACAGUGGAUUGGGUGGAGAACAGAACACCAACAUCUCACCCUCCAAUGGUGUGGAAAGGAGAGUAACUACGCUGUACAAUCAGUUCACAUCAAAGAAUGAUGAAAAUAGAUCAUUUGAAGGUACACUUUACAAAAGAGGAGCUUUGUUGAAAGGCUGGAAACCUCGUUGGUUUGUGCUAGAUGUUACCAAACACCAACUAAGAUAUUACGAUUCUGUUGAGGAUGCAUGCUGCAAGGGCCAUAUCGAUCUUGCAGAAGUAGAAAGUGUGAUACCUGCUUCACCUACUAUGGGUGCUCCAAAGCAUGCUAAUGAGAGAGCAUUCUUUGAUCUGAAGACAAGUAAACGUGUAUAUAAUUUCUGUGCCCAAGAUGCACAAAGUGCCCAGCAGUGGAUGGACCGAAUACAGAGCUGUAUUUCAGAUGCAUAAUUAGGAAUUUUGCUUUGCUGCCAACAGCAGAAAGGAAAUGAUUCCAUAUGCAAAAUAAAAUCACUUUGGAUUAUAACAAGA